AUGUCUGGUGCUGAAGAAACACAGUGGCUUGCAGCUGCGUUUCGUGAUAUACUGUAUGGUUCAAUAGCGGGUGCUCUGGGUAAAGUUAUAGAGUAUCCGUUUGAUACAGUCAAGGUUAGGUUACAGACGCAAGGGAGACAUGUAUUUCCAGAUACGUGGUCAUGCAUAACCUAUACGUACAAAAACGAAGGCAUAAUAAAAGGGUUCUUCCAAGGUAUAGCGUCGCCACUUGCUGGGGCUGCCAUAGAGAAUGCUGCGCUAUUUCUGUCAUAUAAUCAAUGCUCAAAGUUUUUACAGCACUAUACAAAUGUUUCUGAUCUAACUAAUAUUUUAAUUUCAGGUGCAUUUGCUGGUUCGUGUGCCAGUUUUGUGCUGACACCUGUGGAACUGAUCAAGUGUAAACUACAAGUGUCAAACUUGCAAUCGCUGCCCUUAGGAGUUGCAGGCGGUAAUACAGUAACGGAGAGACACACUAGGAUAAUACCGACAAUUCAAGCUGUUAUCAAGAAUAGAGGGUUCAUAGGGCUUUGGCAGGGCCAGUCGGGUACAUUCAUUAGAGAAAGUUUUGGUGGUGUGGCGUGGUUUGCCACUUAUGAGCUCAUGAAAAAAUACCUUAAGAGUAGACAUAAUAUUGAGGAUCCUAGCCUUCCGAAUGAUAACAAGACUUGGGAACUGUUGGCAAGUGGUGCAUCAGCGGGCCUUGCAUUCAAUGCAAGCAUCUUCCCAGCGGACACCGUGAAAUCGAUGAUGCAAACAGAACACCUGGGCUUGAAAACAGCGAUCAAAAAGAUCUUUGUAGAGAAAGGUCUGAGAGGAUUUUAUAGAGGUCUAGGCAUUACCCUCAUCAGAGCUAUACCAGCCAAUGCUACAGUGUUCUACGUUUACGAAACUUUAUCAAAACUUUAA